AUGGAGGGAGCUGGUGUCACCGUCCUUGUCACUGUCCAAAAGAUCUACUACCCUUUGCUUUGUGUCAUGGGUAUUCCGGCAAACCUCUUCACAUUCUACAUGAUCUGUUUCCGUAACUGUGGGAUGUCCAGCACCGCCAUCAUUUACCUGAGCUGUCUAGCUAUUGUUGACACCUGCUACCUGGUGUGGGUUAUCCUUCUUGACCUGACUCUCACCUUCUGGGUGCUGCAGCCCUUCUGGCACUCUUACCCCUGGUGUGCCAUUCUGGGAUUUUUGCAGUAUGGGUCUCUCUACAGUUCCUCUUGGAUUGUGGUGGUGUUUACCAUCGAGCGUUUCCUUGUCCUCCGCAGCACAGCCGCCAAACAGCAUUUCUCCCAGGCCCGGGUCACUAAACUUACCUGCAUAGCUAUUGUUCUGGUAUCCCACCUGGUCUCUGUGCCUCUGGCCUGGAUCAAUAUUGUUACGCCUGUGAACUUCACGGUGGAUGGAGAGAACGUAACAUUGCCCAGGUGUCGAUACCGCAAUGCAACCUACACUACUGUUAUAGUGUGGAUAACUAGCUUCCUUUCAGGAGGAAUUCCCAUUGUGUUGGUCAUCAUUUUCAAUUAUCUCAUUGGUUACCACUUGUGCCGCGCCAGCAAGCUCUUCACCAAGGAGGAGUGUCGUGUCAUCCACGGUAAAAGCACGAGGGGCAUGUUGAGGAGGACCAUUCUACUGCUAGGCACUGUCUCUGUGGUCUUCGUUGUGCUUAGUCUUCCUCGUUUUGUCACAUAUUGCAUCUUGAGGACCAAGUACAAUAAUGAGAAUUUUAACAGAAAUGACUACAGCAUUCCAAUCAAUGUUGCUGGAGACAUAGCCAACAUGCUGCAGAACCUCAACUCCACCACAAACUUCCUACUCUACUGCAUGGUCAGUCGUCGCUUCCGGCAAGAGCUGGUCAGGGUGCUGACAUGUCAUGAGAAGGCAUUUGACCUGGGCUCUAUCCUCACACAUACUACCAUGAAAGUUUUCUCAGUUGUGGAUCAUAAGGCUUCCCCAACUGUCAACCCUGUGUCUGUGGUACUAACCAGUUUGAAACAGAUAGACUAG